AUGGGGAUUCGCAGCCGUUACAAGAGAUGGAUAGGCGGAAAGUCUCCACACGAGAACGUGGAGGUGAACGGCAAAUCGCAGGGGGAGCCAGCCAAAACGCCUGCAAUCUCCGACACACCCACCUCCACUUCUUCCAGUGUCAAACCCCGAUCACAAAACCUUCAAUCUCGUCAAUCUACCGAAAUUCCAAGGUCUGCCUCAGAUUCACUGCUAACCACCGACGAUGCCUUUGUCAAGCCGUCAGCCACGGAGGGGAUUGAGGUGGACGGAGAGAGGGACAAUACCUCGGAGAACGACUCAAGCUCGCUUUUCAUGCCUUCCAAAGACGAGUCCGAGGACUUUUGGCAAAUGAGCUUUGAUGAACUUUCUAAAGAGGAGCAAGGACAACUUCAAGCCUUCUUGACGCCAGGCCAAGUGAUUUCUAAUAAUCAGACCCAGAAUAUGAAUUUCAAAGGUACGGAUUUUGAAGAUCUCAUUGUGGUUACACGGAAAAAGCAGGACGGGUUAUCAGACAAAAUCUGGAAGUUUGAAUUUUAUGGACGCCAAAUUGUUCCAAGAGACUACACCGCAAGAGUCAUUACUUGUCUUACCACUGUCGGUGACGUUAGUGUCGAAUUCAUGCCCCAGCCGGCGAGUAUUAUCUGGCCGCUGGUGAAAGGCUUGAUGCAGGUCACAGUCGACGCAGAUGAAGAGACUGCCGCAGUACUCAUGACGGCGGAUAUCCUUGUUCGGACCAUUCGCUGUGGAAAGACAUACGAAAGCAUCUUCCGCGAAAAGAUCAAAAAUCAAUACGCUGAUCUUUGGACCGACUUCCAAUCAGCUUUGUUGAACUUAUAUGUUGCAUCAUUGAGACUCCUGAUCUAUGCCCUUCGGCAAUGCGAUAAACGAACAGGUCGUCGGCUAGUCAAUGCCCUUCUGAACCCCUCGAAAGCACAAGACCAGAUUUCAGAUUUGGAGACUUGUCGUUCCAAUCUUCGUGAAGUGGUUAUGGAUUGUCGAAGCAAGAUUGAGGAUGAUGUUGAUGCCACCGUCAUGGAAUUUUUGGAAAAGUUCUCCAUGUUCAAUUCGGUCAUCGAGCAACGUUUUGAUGAGCUUUUUGAGCGACUAGAUAAGCAGGAAGUGAUGAACAUCCUCGACUGGAUCUCACCGUAUCGGGAACUCGAUCGACAUCUUAUAAAAGCGGAAGCUCGGACACCCGAAACGUGCGGGUGGCUUUUAGAAAGCUCGAUUUUCAAAAAGUGGGAGCAAAGCUCAUCUCCGGCAGUCAUGUGGCUGCAAGGUCUCCCUGGUACUGGAAAAAGCUUUCUCACGUCUAGGGCUAUCGAUCAUCUUCGUGCGAAUUUACAUCCAGGUGAGGGGCUAGCCUUUUACUACUGUCAACGGAGCGGACAAACCUUUGAAAACCCAAGUGAUGUGAUUCGAGCCCUUUUUCGCCAGCUGGCAACCCCGGCCCACGAGUUUCAAGAGGAUGAAAUGCGAAAGGAUGUGCGAGACCUCUUCGCUCAAUCGAAGAGAAUGACCCAUCCGUCAAUUUCGAUAUGCAAGGAGCAAAUUAUCAAGUCGGUCAGCCAAUACAGCCAAACCACGAUUGUUCUGGAUGCCCUUGACGAAUGUGCCGAGCCCAGAAGUGAGCUAUUUGACCUCAUUGAUUCUCUUGUUUCCCAAUCAGAGUAUUCAGUUAGAGUAUUUAUCUCCGCUCGUCCAGAGCCUGACAUCGAGGAACGCUUCAAUAAUGAACCCAUCAUCAAAACCGGAGUUCCUGAUGUGAGGGAAGACAUAAAAAGCUUUAUCGACCAGAAGAUUGGCAAACUUCGUUGGAACUCUAAUACGGUGAAGUUCCGAGAAGAGGCCGUUGAAGCUCUGGUAGAGAAGAGCGACGGGAUGUUUUUGUGGGCUUCCCUGCAGAUUGAACAAUUAGGCAACGUGCAACUAGGCAAGGCUAUCCUUCGUCGCAUCAGCCGAAUGCCUAAAGGCCUCACCCGAACCUACAAGGAGAUCUAUGAACAAAUAUCUGCGGAUGAAGAUCAGAAGAUAGUCGUGGAUCGUGCCUUUAUAUGGGUGAUGUGUUCGUACGGACCCAUGAGAAGCGAACAGCUUCUAUCCGCCAUUCGUCAUGAUGAAAAUCAUAAUGAGCUGGAAGAGGAGAUUGAUACGACCAUGUUGUUGAGUCUCUGUAAGAACUUGCUUGUUUUUGAUGAGCCCUUGAACCGGUUCAGAUUCUGCCAUGCUUCCGUCUCGGAGUACAUCGAAAAGGAACUAUGGAAUUCGCAAAGAGCCCACUGCUAUGCUGCCAAGUCGUGCCUGCGCUUCCUAAUGCUUGCAUAUGGAGAACCGGCACUUAGCACAGUCCCUGAAUCCCGAUACGAGGACGUUAUGAUCAGAACCCAGGAGGAUCCGAAAAUAGAUGAGGAUUCAGUCAUUCUUUCAAGAGAUUAUCCAUUCCACUUCUAUUCUCGACACCAUUGGAUGCGGCAUAUUCAGCGCCAAGAGUAUUUGGCACCAAAAGAAUUUGACUAUCCUUUGAAUACUCUUCUCAGAGAAUUUUUGAACUCACCAUCAGAAAGUGGAACUGUCUAUCAGGCAUGGCAUCAGGACGUUUCAGACGACGUGCGGCUUAUACGAGAUUCAGCCAUCUUCACCGACUACCUCACGCUUCAAGAUAUUUCGCCGCCCACUCUGCCUAUCUUUGCAGUCUGUCGCUUUUCGUUCAAUACCAUACUCCAGGAUUGGUGGGAGAGAGACGACAUGUUCCUUACCUACCGGAAUAAAGACAAUGAAAGUCCUCUCAUCAUUGCUGUCAAGGCGGGUUGCAUUUCAAUUUGCGAAAAACUUCUGAAUCGCAAAGCUUCUGUUGACCACUUCGGUAAUCAGUUUAAAGUAACCUUUGCCACUGAUCAGUUUACUGCCCUUGCCACUGCGGUUUACGAUGAGAAACUUGAUAUAGCCCGACUUUUGAUAGAAAAAGGGGCUACUGUUGACUUAGCUCUUCACGGACAGUUUGGAAGCGCUCUCGCGGCCGCAGCAUGCACUGGCAACCUUGAUACAGUCGAACUUCUCCUGAGAAAUGGCGCGACCAUUGAUAUGCCACUUCCAGGAGAUUACCCAAGCGCCCUUGCUACUGCGGUAUUUUUUGGCCAUGGUGAUGUGAUCGAACUUUUGAUCGCAAACGGGGCCACCAUUGAUAUGGAACUUCAAACAGACUGCGGGAGCGCCCUUUCCGUUGCGGCAUCCGUUGGUAGACUUGAUAUAGCCAAACUCUUGAUACGAAAAGGGGCCAGGAUUGAUAUGGCAUUUCAAGGACGCUUCAAAAACGCCCUUGCCACUGCGGCAUUCUUUGGCGAUUUUCACAUGGUCGAACUUCUGGUACAAGAAGAGGCUAUCACUGAUAUGCCGAUGGAACGAAACGCUCAAGCAACGUUUGGAAUUGCCCUCGGUGCUGCAGCACAGCGUGGCCACCUCAGGGUGGCAGAAUAUCUCAUUGAAAAAGGUGCCAAUGUUAAUCUCGAGCUCCCGGGAUUUUGUGGAAGUGCCUUGGCUGCUGCGGCUUCGGGUGAUCAACGUCCUAUGAUCGAAUUUUUGAUACAUAAAGGGGCUACCGCUGAUUUAACGUUUGGAGAAUGGCCUGGAAGCGCGCUCGCCCAUGCGGUAGGGGCUGGGAACCUUUGUGCAGCUGAAUCUCUGAUGGAAAAUGGGGCUACGGUGGAUUUGGCGCUUGAAAACAGUUUUGGAAGCGCGCUCGCCGAGGCGGCAUCCCACGUGAAUCUUAAUAUGGUCGACAUUCUGAUUAAAAAAGGGGCCAAUGUCAAUUUGGCGCUUCAGGGAUCAUACGGAAGCGCUCUUGCUGUUGCAUCACGGUAUCAGCACGUUCCAACGGCCGUAUUACUGAUAGAAAACGGGGCCACUGUCAAUAUAGUUCUUCAAGGACUCUACGGAAGCCCGCUCGUUGCUGCCGCAUGUGGUGGUAACUUACAAAUGAUCGAAUGUUUGAUAAACAAUGGGGUCAUUGUUGAUAUGGCUCCUCCGACCGGGCACUUCGGAAGUGCGCUUGCGGCAGCAGCGGCAGGAGGGUGGGUGGAGAUUGUCAAGUAUCUCAUUGAAGAAUGCGGAGCCAACGUGAAUUUGCCUUUGAUUGCUGGAAGUUAUGGAACUGCUUUGAACGCAGCUUCGCAUUGGGGGCGGACAGAAUGUGUGAAAAUAUUGCUCGGUGCUGGGGCUAUUGUGAACCUUUCGAAAGACCACUCCGGGUUCAAUAAUGCCCUCGAAGCGGCUCAAGAAACUUGCGAAAAGUAUCGUUAUUUUGGGAAUAUGAGACACCAGAAAGAAAGCCGACGAAAUGCGGCACAAAUAGCCGCUGAUAAGCAUGCAGUAACAAAGCUUUUGCUUAAACAUGAUAGCGUGGGGAUGGCAGUUUGCUAG